CUUCACAUUCUUUCAUCCCUCAGCCGUUUUUUAUUUUUAUUUUCUUAUAACCUGAAAAACAAAAUAGAGAGUUUUUUAUUUAAAAAAAAAAAGAUGAGAACGUUGAGCGUGAAACAGACGUCGGUCGAAGUCGCGGUGAAAGCCACGUCAGCAUCUCCGGCGAGUCCCCAGUCGCCGUGGCACUCGCCGGUGCCGUACCUCUUCGGCGGGCUCGCGGCGAUGCUCGGCCUCAUCGCAUUCGCUCUCCUCAUCCUUGCUUGCUCGUACUGGCGGGCUUCCGGCGAAGUCUCCGGCAACGAAGACGGCGGAGAGAAGGAGAGCCGCUCCGGAGAGAAGACGGCGAACGCGGCGUACGAGGAGAAGGUUCUCGUCAUAAUGGCCGGAGAAGACUUGCCGAGGUUCCUGGCCACGCCGGCGAACAAGGGAUUAGGUCACGAGGGUAAAAUGGUAAUUUCGGAGGAUGGUGGCGGUGGUGAAGGGGACAAGAGUGGAGAAGACGGCGAGGGAGAGAAAGUGAAAGAAAGCGAACAAAGCCACUAAGCAUUUUUUUUUUCCCUUUUUCUUUUUCCUUUUGUUUUUGGGUUUGCUUCUUUGUUUUGUCUUGGGGAAUUUUCCUUCUUGGUUUCCCGGGGAAGUAAAUCCUACUAACUGCCGAGAAAAUUUUGAGUUUUGAUUGUAUAAUUGCAAACCCUUUUUCGCAAUUAGGAGAUAAUAGAUACAGAGUCUUUCACUAAACUGUGAUUAAUCCAAAGAAAAUCACCAUCAACACUUAA